CAUGUUUUCAUCCUUGCAGGGGGAGGGAGGGUUGGCUAAGAGGCAAAGUGGGGGGAGAAACAGACACACACGGGGCCUACUUGCCACCUCUUUUCAUGCGAAGAAGCUGUGCCGCUAAACCACCGGUUUUUGGUUUCCCAAAACAACUCCGGCCCGGGCCUCAGUCCGCGGUCUAGAGUUUGAUUGCGGGCGGUUUUGAGACUGAAGCCCGUCGGCUUGUAGCUGUUAGACAGCCCCUGCACCCCACCACCAUCAUGGGAGACAGUAGAGAUUCCCACAGCCCAGACAGUUCGUCUAUGUCCUCCCCUCCAUCAGACCAGCGCUCACCUCCGCUGGUUCCCUCAGCUGCUUCCAUGACCUCCCUGCCUCCCAUCACCACCUCAGGGGUCAACAGCCCCAUCAGUAGCAUCGGCUCCCCCUUUUCUGUCAUCAGUUCUUCGCUGGGCUCGCCGUGUCUACCUGGUACGCCAUCGGUGGGCUACGGCCCCAUAAGCAGCCCACAGAUCAACUCAACAGUGUCCAUGUCGGGGCUUCAUGCAGUGAGCAGCUCCGACGAUGUGAAACCUCCGUUAGGCUUGAAGCAGCUGUCGUGUCACAGUCCAGGGCCGAUGCUUUCGCAGAAACGGCUUUGUGCCAUCUGUGGAGACCGAUCCUCUGGUAAGCACUAUGGUGUGUACAGCUGUGAGGGCUGUAAAGGCUUCUUCAAGCGCACAGUACGCAAAGACUUGACCUACACUUGUCGGGACAGUAAAGACUGUAUGGUGGAUAAGAGACAGAGGAACCGCUGCCAAUACUGCCGCUACCAGAAGUGCCUGGCCAUGGGCAUGAAGAGAGAAGUGGCCACGAUGAACGACAGAUCUGUACAAGAGGAAAGGCAGAGGAACAAGGAACGAGAGGGCGAGAUGGAGUCGUCUAGUGCGGUGAACGAGGAGAUGCCAGUGGAGAAGAUUUUGGAAGCGGAGAUGGCUGUAGAGCAAAAGACCGAGCUUCAUGCAGACGGAAGUUCAGGUGGCAGCUCUCCCAACGAUCCUGUCACCAACAUCUGUCAGGCAGCAGACAAGCAGCUCUUCACCCUGGUGGAGUGGGCUAAGAGGAUCCCUCACUUCUCUGAGCUGGCCCUGGACGAUCAGGUCAUCCUGCUACGUGCAGGCUGGAAUGAACUCCUGAUUGCAUCGUUUUCUCAUCGCUCCAUCUCGGUGAAGGACGGCAUUUUACUGGCCACCGGCCUGCAUGUCCACAGGAACAGUGCUCACAGUGCAGGUGUUGGAGCCAUCUUUGACAGGGCGCACAAUGCCGAGGUUGGGGCCAUAUUUGACAGAGUAUUGACAGAGCUUGUAAGUAAGAUGAGAGACAUGCAAAUGGACAAGACGGAGCUCGGCUGCCUUCGUGCCAUCAUCCUUUUCAACCCAGAUGCCAAGGGCUUGUCCAACCCCAGCGAGGUGGAGCUCUUGAGAGAGAGGGUGUACGCAUCUCUUGAGUCUUACUGCAAACAGAAAUACCCAGAUCAGCAGGGCAGGUUUGCAAAGCUCCUCCUCCGGCUCCCAGCACUGCGCUCCAUUGGUCUGAAGUGCCUGGAGCAUCUGUUCUUCUUUAAACUGAUCGGAGACACGCCCAUCGACACCUUCCUGAUGGAGAUGCUAGAGGCGCCUCAUCAGAUCACCUAGAGGAGCCAGGUUCAGUCCGGUCAGGAUCCGAUGCACAGCGGGAUUACCAACACGUCACCCCAUGUUGGGUCUCUGGCUCCUCUCAUUGGGCCUCACUUAAAACUGCAGGACCUGCUGGCUUUAAUGUACCGGCUCUCUCGCACACACACACGCACGCAAACACACACACACACACGCACACGCACACACACACACGCUGUCUAAUUAUGUUCACACAUGCAGAGCCUAAUUUGCAUACGUGAAUUGAAAUGCAAACAUAAUCAAUACACAGAUGAUAUGGCUCUGAAUGAACUAUGCUAAUACACACUCAAACACACAUUUACACCUUUUCCCAUAAUCAGUUUUCCACCGUGGGGGUUAAGAUUCAAGGAAUAUAUCUCCUUUUUAUCACACAUAUUCAGUAAAUGUCUUAAUUUUAAGUUAGCCUUCAAUUUCACAUCCUCAUCUCCCAGUGGGUUUCUGCUUCUGCGUAACUGGUACAUUUUCCCUGUUUUUAAUUGGGUUACUUAGUUUCACUGCUAGCAGCAUCUGUGUAUUUAUCCAUCACUAUCUGGUUAGUUAUUCAUGUAUGGUUUUAGCUUAAAAUCAGGUGCGUAGCAUUUAAAUCAACUGCCCAUCAUCAAAGUUAUUCUCUUCUUAUUGGUCAGGAGGUGUUGUAUAAUGGACAAGCAGAUACACCCUCCCAGUGAGUUCAUCCAAUCUCAUAAACAUUGAAAUACUUUGUUUAUUUUUAAUAUUCAUGCUGAAACUGAGUUUCUAUUUUGGAGUACUGUACUCAUGAAAUGAGAGCUUUUUCCAAGGCAUUGAAAUCCAGGAAAAGGGGAGUGGGAGCACUUUGUUAAACAAAC